AUGGCAUCUAAAGCAGUUACAAUAGAAAACAUCAAUCCCAACAUUGUGAAAUUGCAAUAUGCUGUUCGAGGGCCUUUAGUCAUUCGCGCCGGUGAAAUAGAAAAAGAGCUUGAAAAGGGCGCCGAGAAACCCUUCAAGAAGGUGAUCAAGGCGAACAUUGGCGAUGCACACGCCAUGGGGCAGAAACCUAUCACAUUCAUUAGGCAGGUGUUGGCGUGUAUAAGUUAUCCGGACCUAAUAGAGACGGUCGACUUCCCGGAGGACGUGAAACAGCGCGCCAAAGACAUACUGGGAGGAUGCGGGGGCGGGUCCGUGGGCUCGUACACGAUGUCGCACGGCAUCGAGCUGGUCCGGCGCCACGUGGCCGAGUACAUAGCGCGGCGCGACGGGCACCCUGCCCACUGGCAGGACGUGUGCCUCUCCGCGGGCGCCUCCACCGCCAUCAAAAACGUGCUGCAGCUGCUCUGCAACCACGUGGACGGGAAGCCCUCCGGGGUGAUGAUCCCGAUCCCGCAGUACCCGCUGUACUCGGCCUCGCUGGCGGAGUUCGGGCUGCGGCAGGUGGGCUACCUGCUGGACGAGGAGCACGGCUGGGGCCUGGACCUGGGCGAGCUGGAGCGGGCGCGCUCCGCCGCGGCGGAAGAGAGCAGCGUGCGCGCCCUGGUGGUGAUCAACCCCGGCAACCCCACGGGGCAGGUGCUCUCGCGCGCCAACAUCGAGGCCAUCGUGCGCUUCGCCCACCAACACCGGCUGCUGCUCUUCGCCGACGAGGUCUACCAGGAGAACGUCUACGCCGAGGGCAGCCGGUUCUUCUCCUUCAAGAAGGUGAUGCGCGAGAUGGGCGAGCCGUACAGCAGCGAGCUGGAGCUGGCGUCGUUCAUGUCGGUGAGCAAGGGCUACGUGGGCGAGUGCGGGCUGCGCGGCGGCUGGAUGGAGCUGGUGAACUUCUGCCCGGAGGUGCAGGCGCAGCUGUUCAAGUGCAUCUCGGCCAUGCUGUGCCCCAGCGCGCUGGGCCAGGCGGCCGUGGACUGCGUGGCGCGGCCCCCUCUGAGAGGGGAGCCCUCGCACGCCCUCUGGGCCCAGGAGAGGGCGGCCGUGCUGGGCUCGCUGGCCGACAGGGCGCGUCUGGUGGCCGACACCUUCAACAGCAUGCCCGGCUUCAGCUGCAACGUCGUCCAGGGCGCAAUGUACGCGUUCCCGCGCAUCGAGCUGCCGCCGCGCGCGCUGGAAGCGGCCGCCGCCAAGGGACAGCCGCCGGACGUCUUCUACGCCUUCCAGCUGCUCGAGCAGACGGGCAUCUGCAUCGUGCCGGGGUCCGGGUUCGGGCAGCGCGAGGGCACCUUCCACUUCCGCACCACCAUCCUGCCGCAGCCGCCGCUGCUGCGCGACAUGCUGCAGGCCUUCAGGGACUUCCACGACCGCUUCACCAGGCAGUACGCC